AUGUCACCUUCCACUUUACGAUUGCCUCCGUCCCCAUAUCAAACGGUCAAGAACACGACACUGAACCAGGACCUUCCAUAUCCUUGGGAAAUAUGCAAUGGCUCGCAUAGCAUUGAAGAUGCAAUAACCCGCAUCUGGCCAUAUCAAAUAAGGGUCAAGACUUCUUUCACUACCAAGCACAUGCUAUUCUUGAUGUACAUAUGGGGCGAGAUGUCUGGCAGGCAGCUCUCACAUGCUGCAUGCCCCGUCGAUCUUUGCAAGUUCAUUCCCCUUUUUUACUUCCAUGCCCUCUCUUUUAUUUUGUGA